CUCCACCUCGUUUAGAUACGAGCACUCAACGCAUUUGUCGGAUACUCUCAUCUGGCCGGGAUGAUUCAAGGUUUUCAUGCAAGGCAUUGAACGUCAACUCUCGGCAUACUCCGAGCGAGAAGCUCGGCAGCGCUAACCAAAACGUAUAUCUCUCGCAUGCUCCUUUCUCCUUUCCAACGAUCAGCUAAGUUCCGUUUCCAUUCCCUUUAAAUUCUUUCUGCUAGCGCUUUUUUUCUUUCCGUCGCUGGCCCUCCUCCCUGUCUCUAGCCACCCCGGAGUCUCUGCAAUCUGCAUCGGCCAGCCACACUGCGGCAGCCCCAAUUUUUGCCUCGGGUUACCGACACCGAUGGCCGCCCCAAUUGCCUCCCCCGGCGCCGAGGCCGCGGGAGCAGAAUCCUUAGAUUUCGCCCUAUACCGAUACAAAGUCUCGCUGCCUGCUGCUAUUGCUGCCGUCGGCGUCUUUUUCAUUCUCUCGCUCCUCCAUGUUUGGCGUAUUUACCGCCACCGCUCAUUUUACUUUACUGCCUUUACCGUCGGCGGUUUCUUUCAAGCAGUUGGUUACUGUGGUCGGAUAUGGUCUCACUUUGACGACGCAGCCAUCGGCGCGUUUGUGAUCCAAGCGAUCCUCAUUCUCGUCGCGCCGGCUCUCUACGCGGCAUCCAUCUACAUGAUUCUCGGGCGGCUGAUCCGGGUCUUGCACGCCGAGCCGUUGUCCAUCAUUCCCGUCAGAUGGAUGACGAAAAUGUUUGUCAUUGGCGAUGUUUUGUCGUUCUUCCUGCAGGCUGGCGGCGGUGGAAUUCAGGCGGCCGGCACUCUGGAGCUUUACGACAUUGGCGAGAAGAUCAUCAUCGCCGGCUUGUUCGUGCAGAUCUGCAUGUUCGGCUUCUUCCUAGUCACCACCGUCGCAUUCCACCUCCGCUUCCGCCAAGCCAAAGACGAUGCUGCCCGACAGACGCCCAUCCCUUGGAAGCGCCAUUUGACCGUCCUGUACGUUGUCAGCGCUGUCAUCAUGGUACGAAGCCUCUUUCGCGUGGUUGAAUACCUCCAGGGUAACAGGGGCUUCCUCAUCUCGCACGAGAUUUUCCUCUACAUGUUUGAUGCCGUGCUCAUGGCCACUGUCAUGGCCAUCUUUUUCAUCUUCUACGUCGACGACCUCGGCGUGUCUCAGACGGGCAAACGUGGCAGCGGCAUGGAGAUGCUGUCAAGCCGUGGCAGUGGAAUCGAGAUGCUGUCCAAGGACAGCUCGGUUGCCCAUGCGUAGAGCCCCUAAUAGAAACGGUAUAGAGGUUCAUAGAUUGGGUGCGGAUAGAUUGGUUACAGA